CCCAGGUGCUCCGUUCUCCCCUGUGGCGGGGGCGGCGGCGGCUGACUCCUCCGCGCGCGCGGGGGCCGGUCCAGGCGGAAGCGCCUCCAUACGUCUUCAGCGCGCGCGGCCGGUUGUCAGGGAGGCACGUGGGCCGCGCUCCGCCGCACCGGUCGCCGCCGCCGCUCCAGGUGCCGGGGAGAUGCCGGGGAGGACCCAGUGGCAGGGCGGCUGCCAGGGCUCGUUGUGCCCAUGAGGCUGCCAGGGCAGAGCCGGGGCAGGCGGCCGGGCAGCGGCAGCUCCGGCAGGGCAGCAGCAGCGAGAGACGCUCACCAUGGAGUUCACGGUGAUCGACUACAGCAUCUUUGCGUUGCUGCUGGUGUUGUCGUUGGCCAUUGGGCUUUUCUAUGCCCUGAGCGGAGACCGACAGCGCACAGUGCAGGAAUUCCUCCUGGCCAGCCGCAACAUGGGCUGCUUUCCUCUUGCCCUCUCCUUGCUGGCCAGUUUCCAGUCGGCUGUGGCCAUCCUGGGUGCACCAGCCGAGAUCUACCACUUUGGCACCGAGUACUGGUUCCUCGGCUGCUCCUACUUCUUGGGACUGCUCAUUCCGGCUCACAUCUUCAUCCCCAUCUUCUACCGCCUGGGCAUCACCAGCACCUAUGAGUACUUGGAGCUGCGCUUCAACAAGACAGUACGGAUCUUUGGCACUGUCACCUUCAUCUUCCAGAUGGUCAUCUACAUGGGCGUGGUGCUCUACGCGCCUGCACUGGCUCUCAAUGCAGUGACAGGCUUUGACCUCUGGAGCGCAGUGCUCACCAUAGGGUUGGUCUGCACCCUGUACACUACACUGGGCGGGUUGAAGGCCGUCAUCUGGACAGACGUCUUCCAGACGCUGGUGAUGUUUGCGGGGCAGCUGGCUGUGAUCGUGGUGGGUGCUCAGCGAGUGGGCGGCAUGGCUCGCGUCUGGCACGUGGCAGAGCAGGAGGGAAAGAUCUCGGGCAUCGACCUGGACCCUGACCCCUUCAAGCGGCACACCUUCUGGACCCUGGCCGUGGGGGGUGUCUUCAUGAUGCUAUCGCUGUACGGCGUGAACCAGGCACAGGUGCAGCGGUACCUGAGCGCCCGCAGCGAGCUGGAGGCCAAGCUCUCCUGCUACGCCGUCUUCCCCUGCCAGCAGAUCGUCCUCUGCCUCAGCUGCCUCACUGGCCUCGUCAUGUUUGUUUACGACCGGGAGCACCCACUGGCACCCACCCAGGGCCCCAUCUCCUCCGACCAGCUGGUGUUGUACUUCGUGAUGGACGUGCUGCAGGACCUGCCGGGGCUGCCUGGGCUCUUCAUUGCCUGCCUCUUCAGCGGGUCCCUCAGCACCAUCUCCUCUGCCUUCAACUCAUUGGCCACGGUGACGAUGGAGGACCUGAUCCGUCCCUACUUCCCUGGGCUGUCGGAGUCACGGGCCACGCUGUUUUCCAAGCUGCUGGCCAUGGGUUACGGACUGCUGUGCCUGGGGAUGGCCUACGUGUCCUCCAUGCUGGGCCCUGUGCUGCAGGCAGCCAUCAGCAUCUUUGGGAUGGUGGGGGGUCCGCUCCUGGGGCUCUUCUGCCUGGGCAUGUUCUUUCCCUGUGCCAACUCUACGGGUGCCGUCAUGGGGCUGCUGGCGGGUCUGGCCAUGGCCUUCUGGGUGGGCAUCGGCAGUCUGUUGAGCAGCACAGGAGCAGCCGGGGGGAGCUCCCUGCCCAACAGUACUGCAGUCCCACCUGCUGGAAACCUCACCACCAUCCUCGCCACCACCCUGCUGACCCCCACACCGGCUCCACAGAGCCCCACAGGGCUGCAGAAGUUUUACAGCCUCUCAUACAUGUGGUACAGUGCCCACAAUUCCACUACUGUCAUCCUGGUGGGGCUCCUGGUCAGCCUGCUCACUGGCCCCACGCCACCAGCAGCCCUGGACUCACGCACUGUCUACCCUGUGCUGCCCCGCCUGCUCUGCUGCCUGCCCCACAAAUACCAGCAGUGGCUCUGCUGUGGGCUGGGCAUCCCUGUCCAGGAUGACAACCAUGAGGACACUACAGUGAAGAGCAAAGAUUUGGCCAAUGGCCUGACCCCACCCCGCCCCAGGCAGCAGAAGGAGGAGGAGGGACAGGGGUACAUCCGUGCAGUCACGGCCCCUGCCUAUGCGCUGGAGGAGACUGCCUUCUGACCUCCCCCAGCAAGGGGAUCUCAGCUGCCCGCUUCCCCAGUGCCUCUGACCCAGGGGUACCAACAUCCAUGGGGUGCUCCCAUGCAACCAGGGAGGAGCUGGGUCCCUGCAAGGAAUGGGGGCUACACCCCAUGGGCAGCACUGGGCUGGCCUCAGGCCCUCUGGCAUCCUAAGCUGACCAGCACCCCCCAGCUGGAGGGCUCUAGGAUCACAGGUGCAGGGGUGAGCAGGAGCGGUGCUCUCUCUGCACUGGGCUGCCCCAGGCCCAGCCACGUGCCUUAUGCACCGCUCCUGGGCCAGGGGCCACCCUGCAUCCCCCUUCCCAUCUCAGCCCCCCAUAAGCUGUCUCAGUGUCCUGUGUCUCACCAAUAAAUGGUUCUGGAGUUCA